GUUGUAUUGGGAAUGCAUUGUUGUGUUUGUCUCAUACUGAGUAAUCAAUUUUCAAGAACCACUCUUUUCGCUUUUAUGAUCGCACAAAAUGACACAGACAUUUGGAAUUAUAGAUGAGGGUUGUUCGGAGUAUUGCGAAGGUUCUACAUGUGAAAUAUCAUCAAGUCUCAUUUGACCAGUGAUGGAUCAGCUUAGCCAUAGCACAGCUAAUGAUGGAUCGGCAUUCCAUGUUUCGCAAGAGAGUAUUAGCAACAUAACAACAACAACAUCCGAUCUUUCACCAGUUGCCAUUAGCACCACAACAAUAGCUGCAACAGCAUUACAGCUGUCACCAAGCAAUAUCAAUGACACAGCACUUUUAACAACUAUAUCUUCACAGCCAAACAGUUCUGUUGUGAUCAGUGAUGAUGACGUUCAAAUUUUAAGCAUUACAAAGAAAGARCCAACGUCCAAGCUGUCGAUAAAGAUUGAAAGUAGUGAUGAGGAAGGUUCAAAGGAUGUUUCACUUAUUCCAAAAUCAGAGACUAGUAGUUGUAGAGAUGUUUCAGACAAUGACAAGUCAUCAUGUCUUGGUAAGGACACUGCGGCAGGAAGCAGUAGUCCAAAGGAAUCAAUGUGCUCCAUUUGUCUGGGUGAAUUUGAUAACAAAGCAUUUUUGGAUCAGUGUUUCCAUGCCUUCUGUUUUUAUUGCAUCCUUCAGUGGUCUGAAAUUGUCAGAACCUGYCCUUUAUGUAAGGCAGAGUUCAAACAAAUAAUACAUUCUGUUAAAUCAAUGACAGAAUAUCAACAGCAUAAACUACCACCAAAGGAAAAUCCAACAAAAAAYACUAGCACUAGUGGUAGAAGAUUUCGUUACAGAACUACUCUUGUUGAUGGAAGAAGUAUGACGUCACACAAUACAACUGCUAGACCAAUAAAUGCAUGGGAACAGAGAGCUGAAAGAAGGGAAAGAGUGUUAGCUAUGAAAAGAAGGAGAAGUAUCCAGGCAAAAGAAAAAAGACAAUCAAUUUAUGCAAGGAAUCUUUGGGUCCAGACAGUAACACAAACUGGAAAAAUGAAAUACAGAGACACAUCACCUCAGUUCUUUCAUGCCAACCCAGCGUGCACACAUCGAUUGGUGCCAUGGCUUACCCGUGAGUUGCAGUGUUUGUUGAAUGAUGAACAAAGUCAUGUCGAGUUURUACUCCAACUGAUCCUGACACUUAUCACUAAGAUUCCAAUCGAUUCACAAGAAUUUAUCGAACAAGUUAGUCCAUUUUUAUCAGAAAAGACUGAACAUUUUUGCCACGAGUUUAUGAGUUAUGCUCGGUCUCCGUUUGACAUGAAAGCAUAUGAUGAACGUGCGCAGUACAAUUGGCCAAGGCACACUAGUGAACAAGUAGAGCAAACGCCCAUUGUAGUAGACAUGAGUGCCACUGGUUGGGAUUCCCCGGAAGAAAUACAAACGCCAGUAGAGCCGUUUUCAAAUGAACCAGGUCCAUCCGGAUUAUCAACUCAUGCACUAAGCGGAUGGUCUCCGCCUAUCGCAGACACCAUAGAGUUGACAGCUACUAACGUACCUGAGCAAAUAACCAAUGACAUCAUAGAAUCGUCACCGGAAGUGAUCGAUGUUGAAAUUCCAAAACAAAAAUAUCGCCACAAGCAUAAACGUAAACACAAGCAUCGUCAUAAACACAAACACAGAAAACUAAGCUGUGAUUACGAAAAUAUUGAGCCUGGACCGUCUAGAAUAUCAAUGUCGCCUGUUCUAGGGAGCACCUCCCGUGUAGAUGUUGUUGUGUUGUCCAGCAGCCAUGACUCUUCGCCGGAAGUCGCCUUAAGCUCGCGUAAGGAGUCGGCCAACGGACGAUCUGACGAUGAUAACAAAUGGAUAUUAAUUCACAAGGGGAAACAACCCAAACAAAGUUUUCAUUCGUCKUCUGAAACGCUAAAGUCACGAGACUCGAGCAGCGAMCAAUYGCGCGACGACAAACAUCGGAAAGUACGCUGCAAGGGGAAGCAUUCUAAAAGAAGAUACAGUAGGUCRCGUGAGAAAUCGUCGGAAAUAUCACGUGAUUCACCGCGCAGACAUUCUCGYAAGCAUAGAGAAAAGUUGAAAAAGCACAGUCCCUCGCUGUCUCCUUCGACAGAUCCAACGUGUUCAAUCUCGAACGAUUUUUCUAAUUCAGUAGCUCGUCCUUCACWGGAUUUAGUGSCCAAGCCUUCAUCGUCAGUAGUAGCCAGGCCUUUAUCUCCAACCGAGGAAGACAUGAGGCAAGAAAUUUUAGAYCUUGAAAGAAAAAUUGCUGAAGACACAAGGCGCCUCAAUGAAUUAAUUAAGAAACAAGAASAAAGAAAGUUAGUAGCUUGUGCCGCUGACGCUAGCUCGUUACAAACUGAAGACAGCGAGACGGAUGGACAGAGCAGAUAGAUCUGUUGGAUAAUGUAGUUAAUUUUGUAUUAAAUUUAUAUUUUGAAACUGUU